AUGGCUGUCCUCGACCUCCUUGCCACGCUUGUCGUCUUCCUGGGACUGGCACAACUGGGUAAGACCCAGCCUGGUCCGUACCCAGGCCAGAUCAAGAACCUGGUAACAUUCGGAGACUCCUACUCAGACGUCUAUGUCCCAGGUGAUAAUGCUACAGCAUGGCCAGUCUACGCGGCGAUGUACGGCGACUUCACGUUGUACCCUUUUGCGCGAUCAGGGGCAACGUGCUCCAACUAUUUAACAUACAAGCCGUAUCCCUCGGUAUUUGAGAGCCAGCUACCAUUGUAUUUCACAGAGAAGUAUAAUGGAUCGCUGGAGCUCAAUCCCAAUGACACAAUUUACACCCUCUGGAUUGGAACAAAUGACGUUGGAGUAAACGCGUUGUUAACAGGGAGUCAGACGCCGGGUGUAACACUCGUGAACACCAUCACUUGCGCGGUUGAUUGGGUCCGAGUGCUGUACACGAGUGGAGCAAGGAACUUCAUCGUCCAAAACAUGCUGCCGUUGCAAGACACUAUCCUCUACUCGGCGAACUCGUAUUACAAUCGAUAUUGGACGGCACAAAGAAACUCAACUGAAUGGAAUGUCUUCAUGACUGAGCUCACGAACACCGGUAACGAUCUGUCACGAUUGAUGCUACAAGCACUUGCACCCACUAUGGAGGGCGCUCACCUUGGCGUGUUCGACUCAUACGGGCUUAUUUCGGAUGUGAGAGCGAACCCGCAGAACUACUUGAAUGGUACCGCACCUCUGAACGUGACCGGCUGCAUCAACUCCUGCAUUUACGAGCUCAACGAGAGUACCAGUGCUACUGGAGAUUGCACGAUAGCUGAAGGAACUGCGAGAGACAGCUUCUUGUGGUAUGAUGAGCUCCACCCCUCGGAGCAGACGGACAGAGUUAUAGCUAGAGAAAUUUCCGCGGCGAUCGUGAACACUGGUGACAAUGGAACAUCGUGGCCCACCUAUGCAGCCAUGUACGGCGACUUUGCACUCUACCCUUACGCGAAAGCGGGCGCAACGUGUUCGAAUUAUCUCACGCCAAGGCUAUACCCUUCUGUGUUUGAAAGUCAGCUUCCUCUGUACUUUACCGAGAAGCUCAACGGAUCGCUGGAAUUGGAUCCCACCGAUACGAUCUAUACUCUGUGGAUUGGGACCAACGAUGUCGGUGUGGGCGAGCUCAUCACAGGACAGCAGAACCCGGGCGUAACGCUUGUAGACACGAUCGGUUGCGCAGUGGAGUGGAUGUUGCCCCUGCAAGAUACCAUCCUAUACUCGACGUAUUCAUAUCCCAAUCGCUACUGGACGGAGCAGCGGAAUACGACUGAGUGGAAUGUCUUCAUGACCGAGAUGACGAACACGGGAAACGCGCUUUCCCAUGCGAUUCUUCAAUCUCUAGCACCGACCUUGGAGGGAGCACACCUCGGCUACUUCGACUCGUACGGGCUGAUCUCAAACAUACGCACCUUCCCACAAGACUAUCUCAAUGGUACGGUACCUUACAACCUCACCGGGUGCAUCAACUCGUGA